UGGCUGGUCAUGUGACUUUUUCCGUUUCGCCAUUUUCCUCUUCUCCACUGGAGCCAUCGCUGGUUGUCCUCGCUGUUUCGCGGUGUUUUAAGCUGCCCAGAGGUGACGGUGGGACAGGGGAACCCCCCGCCAAAGAAAGAGAGGAUAUUGUGCCGUCUAGCUUUGUCGUCCGAAGGGAAGAGUGACAAUGUCUUCUGAGGAGAGCCCCGAGUACUCACCUUUCUUCGCCGUGAUGGGAGCCUCUGCGGCCAUGGUCUUCAGCGCGUUAGGAGCAGCAUAUGGGACCGCGAAGAGCGGCACGGGCAUCGCCGCCAUGUCUGUGAUGCGGCCAGAGCUCAUCAUGAAGUCCAUCAUCCCCGUCGUCAUGGCGGGUAUCAUCGCCAUCUACGGGCUGGUGGUCGCCGUGCUGAUAGCCAACAACAUCUCGGAGAGAGUCAGUCUCUACAAGAGUUUCCUGCAUCUCGGCGCCGGACUGAGCGUGGGCCUGAGCGGCCUGGCAGCCGGCUUCGCCAUCGGCAUCGUGGGCGACGCCGGCGUGAGGGGCACCGCUCAGCAGCCCCGGCUUUUCGUGGGGAUGAUCCUGAUCCUGAUUUUCGCCGAGGUGCUGGGGCUCUACGGCCUGAUCGUGGCCCUCAUCCUAUCCACAAAAUAAGUGUCUCUCUCCAUCAAAACCACCAUCUCAUUCAUUCCACAUCAAAGCAGCGCGAACAAAUAGGAGAGUUUCACCUUCUUCCAUGACACCCCGCGGAUCUGACAGGAUGGGAUGGCGGCAGAAACAUGCUGGCUGUCGGUCUCGACAGCCUCGUCCUCUUUAGGUGUGAUCUACUCCAUUUUGUUUUAAGCCAUCCGGUUGUGUCAGGUCUUGUGCGUACAGAACGGGCAU